ACAAAACAUAAAAAUGCUGCAAAGAAUCGUAUACUUACACAAAGUAGAGAUAGUAGCGGAAGAUUUUUAAAACCUGCAAGUACAGAAAGUAGUGAUUCAGAAUAUAGCGAUCUAGAAUAUAGUGAUCCAGAACUUUUGGUUUAUGAAUCCGAGAACAAUAAUAAGGAAUACUUUAAUAAUGAAGAGAUGGAACUUGAUGAUGAAGAAGCUGAGCAAUUAAUUUAUGAAAAUAAUUCUUUUUAUAAUCUUCAAUAG